AAGGCUCAACCCUCCCCACACACCCCUAUUCUUUUACACCCACAAAAACAAAGCCCAUAUUCAUCAACUGAAACAAGCUCUCAAUUCAUGUUUCUACCUCUCUUUAUCACUCUCACAUAGAUCUCACAUAUACUAUCUUCAAAGGCAGCAAAAGAAAAAAAAGGAUGAUUCAAGAGCUGUUAGGGGGAGGUGCUGGACUUAUAGGAGGAGAGAGGAAAAUCACCAUUAAUGGAGGAAUUUUAGAGGCCUCUCCCUCUCCUUCUCCAUCGCCUUCUCCAUCUUCUUCUUCUUCUGGCAAUACUACCACUGUUACCACUGCUGCUGCUGCUACCACUUCUUCUGCUUCUGAGAAUUUGAGGUGCCCUCGCUGUGAUUCUUCCAAUACUAAGUUUUGUUAUUACAACAACUAUAACCUUACACAGCCUCGCCACUUCUGCAAGACCUGCCGGAGGUAUUGGACUAAAGGCGGUGCCCUCCGCAAUGUUCCGAUUGGAGGGGGUUGCCGGAAGAACAAGAACACUAGCGUUUCAACAGCUGUGGGGAAAUCGAGUGCCGGAAAGGCCAAGAGCGUGGUGUCCGAGAUCGGAAAAUCGGGUCUGGGAGGUGGGUUUGAUCACGAGAUUCCUUCCAACCCAAUUCUUUGGGCGUCGCCACAGAAUUCUCAUCUGCUGGCCUUACUGAGAGCCACCCAGAACCCUAAUCCUAACCCUAGUCCAAUAUCGAAUUCUGUAACUGUGAAGGAUGAUGGGGUUAUGAUUGGAUCCCACAUGGCCUCGGAGUCAGGAGUGGGAACAGGUGCAGUAAAUAUUGCUCGGAACAUGGGGUUGGAUCAUCUGAACCAGCUUCCUUCUAUUGGUCUGUGCAGCUCUUUCUGGAGAAACAAUCAACAUCAAACUCAACAGCACCAACAAAACAGCCACCAUCAACAGCAAAAUGGCUUUAUACUUGGUGAAGUUCAAAACACUGGGAUUCAGGAGCUGUAUCAAAGGCUUAGAUCAUCCAAUAAUUAUUACACCGAUCAUUCACCAGUAGUUCUCAGCAAUGCGGUUUCUUCCUCUUCAUCCAUUUUGGAGUCUGCUCCGAUUGCGGGAGGUGAAUUGGGUUACUGGAAUCCGACCUUUUCGUGGUCUGAUCUUCCAACAACUAAUGGUGCAUAUCCUUAAAAGAUCCUUUUCUUUUGAUAUCAUUUAAUUUUCCUCCCUAAGCUAGGGUUGUUUUUUUUGUUUUUGUUUUUGUUUUUGUUUUUUUUUUUUUUUGUUAUGGUUGUUUGGGUUGUGGUAUAUGAAUAUGGCUGUAGCAUCAGUUUCUCUCUCUUUCUUUCUUUCUUUCUUCUCCACUUCCUUUUUCUGUAUGUGUGAUUGAAGGUGUGUUUAACAAUGAAAGAUUUUAGGUGUUUUUGAGUGCUUCUUCA